AUGGGUUUAUUAUUGGCGGUGAAUGCUGGCAGUCACCACGAACCACGAGUAGUCAUUUUAAGGUAUCAAGGAAAUUCUAAAAGUAAAGAUAUUUUGGGCUUAGUAGGUAAGGGAAUUACUUUUGAUAGUGGUGGUUAUGAUUUAAAGCCUUCGUCAUACUUACAAUGUAUGAAAUUUGACAUGUCGGGAGCCGCUGUAGUUUGUGCUUCCUUUUUAGCGUUAAUUAAGCAAAAACCGAAAAUAAAUGUGGUGGCAGUGGCUUGUUUAACUGAAAACGUGAUUGGCGGACACGCUACUCUUACUGAGUCAGUAAUAACUUCCAUGAGCGGCAAAUCAGUAGAGAUUAAUAAUACUGACGCCGAAGGUCGUCUAGUUUUGGCGGAUGGGAUUACUUAUGCCAUUAAAAAAGAAAAAGCCACCAAAAUAAUUACCGUAGCAACCUUGACUGGGGCAGUAGUAGCGGCUUUGGGUGAAAAUUUUACCGAAUUACCAAUUUUAUUGGAAAAUACUGAAUCUUUAAAAAAAAAUACCACUAUUGCCGAUAUUAGUAAUAUUAGUAGCAAUCGCUACAUGGGGGCUUCUAACGGUGCCGCCUUUUUACAAGAAUUUGUCGAAAAAUUACCAUUUAUCCACUGCGAUAUCGCCGGAACAGCUUGA